GUGAUUGCCGGUUACAAUGAGUUGAGAUUGGAUUCGAAGGACAGUCAAAAUUUGCCGGCUUUAUAUGUAGGCAUGGGACUAAAGCCCAAGAAUUUGCCGUCCCUUCGUUCUGUCAUUAAUCUGUUACUGUGUUGCAGCAGGAGGCAAGCUAUGAAUAUGCGAGUGAACUAAUCCAAACUCUUAUGAAGAUUUACAAAUAGUAAUGGAGAGAGGAGUACAAAGAUGGAUAGUGGACAUAUCAAAGUGGGAGCCAUCUCCCCAUGACUUCUCUUUUGCCCUCUCCCUUCUUCCUCAACACGAACACUCCUCCGUCAUCAGAUUUGUGAAGAUGGAGGACAGAAAACGGGCACUUGUGAGCCGGUUGCUUCAGUAUGCUCUUGUACAUCAAGUAUUGGGAAUUCCAUAUGAUGAAAUUGUUAUAAAGCGCAAAUUGGAAGGGAAACCUUACUUGGAAUGUGCUAAAGGCUACUCAAAAUUUCCCAAUUUUAAUUUCAAUGUUUCUCAUCAUGGCGACUUUGUGGCAAUAGCAUCUGAACCUGUUUGCAUUGUUGGGUUGGACAUUGUUUGCUGUGUCAAACCCCAGAAAGAGACAGUUCCAGAAUUCAUUCACAAUUUUGCUUCUUAUUUUUCUAGGUUGGAAUGGGAUAAUAUAAUUAAUUCUGGCACCUCUGAUGAAAUUUUGGUUGAGUUUUACAGAUAUUGGUGUCUCAAAGAGGCAUAUGUCAAGGCUAUAGGGAGCGGACUGGUGAAUGGGUUGGACAGGGUAGAGUUCCAUCACACUAACUGGACAAACAUAUUUGUUAAAAUUGAUGGGAAGCCAAUGAAAGAGUGGAGGUUUUGGCUUUUUGAGCUGCAAAAACAGCAUUGGGUGUCUGUUGCUAGAGGUCACCCAAAAGCUGCUGCUGGAAGUUACAAGACAACAAUGAGCCAAUUGGAGUUUGAUGAAGAAGAGUACCAUAAGGGUCUUGGUCUUCCAAAUGUAACCUUUGUUGCACAAACCCUGGAACAACUCAUCCUAGUUUCGCAUGAUGCAGAUGAGAUGGUUGAAUAGAACAUGCUUGAAUAGAACAGUAAAUGAUAUGCAAAAUAGAGCCAAUGACCAAUUAAAGGAACUUGUCGACAUUAAAAUUGCUACCAAGGGAGAGAAUUAUUUCAUAA